CGGCCCCCGCGCCGCUCCUGGCUGGGCGGCUAAGAUGGCGACGGGGACGCUGCGGCUCGGCGACUUGGUGUGGGGGAAGCUGGGACGGUACCCGCCGUGGCCAGGAAAGAUUGUUAAUCCCCCCAAAGACCUCAAGAAACCCCGUGGGAAGAAGUGCUUCUUUGUGAAGUUUUUCGGAACCGAAGAUCAUGCUUGGAUCAAGGUGGAGCAGCUGAAGCCCUAUCAUCCCCACAAGGAGGAGAUGAUCAAGAUCAACAAGGGCAAGCGUUUCCAGCAGGCCGUGGAUGCUGUGGAGGAGUUCCUACGGAAAGCCAAGGGCAAAGACCAGGCAUCGUCUCACAGCUCCGCCGAGGAGAAGAACCGUCACGGAUCGAGCGAGGACAGGAGCAGGCCGGCCACGGGCGACGAGAAGCGCCGGGCCGGCACAGCCGAGGGCAAGGUGAAGAAGAGCCCGGGGGAGGGGAAGCGGAGGGUCUCGUCGGGCUCCUCGGAGCGGGGGUCCCGGUCCCCCCUGAAGCGGUCCCAGGAGCAGAGCCCCCGGAAGCGAGGCCGGCCUCCGAAGGACGAGAAGGAUCUCACAAUCCCCGAGUCCAGCACGGUGAAGGGGCUAGUGGCUGGGAGCGUGGCUGGGUUUAAAUGGCCCCCCAGCGUCGUCAGUGAGCCCGGGAAAGGCAGCGACCCCCACUUCCAUCACUUCCUGCUCAGCCAGACCGAGAAGCCGGCGGUCUGCUACCAGGCAAUCACCAAGAAACUCAAAGUAUGUGAAGAGGAGACGGGCUCCACUUCCAUCCAGGCAGCGGACAGCACCGCCGUCAACGGCAGCAUCACCCCCACCGACAAAAAGAUAGGAUUUUUGGGCCUGGGCCUCAUGGGGAGUGGCAUCGUCUCCAACUUGCUAAAGAUGGGCCACACGGUGACCGUCUGGAGUCGGACUGCCGAGAAAUGUGAUUUGUUCAUCCAGGAGGGGGCCCGUCUGGGCCGAACCCCCGCCGAGGUGGUCUCCACCUGUGACAUCACCUUCGCCUGCGUGUCGGACCCAAAGGCGGCCAAGGACCUGGUGCUGGGCCCCAGCGGGGUGCUGCAGGGAAUCCGCCCAGGCAAGUGCUACGUGGACAUGUCCACCGUGGACGCCGACACCGUCACAGAGUUGGCUCAGGUGAUCGUGUCCAGGGGGGGCCGCUUCCUGGAAGCUCCUGUGUCUGGAAACCAGCAGCUAUCCAACGACGGCCUGCUGGUCAUCCUCGCGGCCGGGGACAGGGGCCUCUACGAGGACUGUAGUAGCUGCUUCCAAGCCAUGGGCAAGACCUCCUUCUUCCUAGGCGAGGUCGGCAACGCCGCCAAGAUGAUGCUGAUCGUCAACAUGGUCCAGGGGAGCUACAUGGCCACCAUCGCGGAAGGGCUCACCUUGGCCCAGGUGACGGGCCAGUCCCAGCAGACGCUGCUCGACAUCCUCAACCAGGGCCAGCUCGCCAGCAUCUUCCUGGACCAGAAGUGCCAAAACAUCCUGCAAGGAAACUUCAAGCCUGACUUCUACCUGAAAUACAUCCAGAAGGACCUGCGGCUAGCCAUCGCGCUCGGUGACUCAGUCAACCACCCCACACCUAUGGCUGCCGCCGCCAAUGAGGUGUACAAGCGGGCCAAGGCACUGGACCAGUCUGACAAUGACAUGUCGGCCGUGUACCGGGCCUACAUCCACUGAGCUCGGGCUCUGCCGUCUGGUCCUGACUCUGCCGUCACGAUCGGGACCCCGGGCCCAGACUCGUCCAUCCGUCCCCCCCCUCCCCUUUUAUACACACAGACUCUGACGCGGCCCCCAGCGUUGCAGCCGGCUUAGCGUGCGGGGAAAUAGAGGCGCGGUGGGGAGUCCUUUGGGCUCCCCGCUGGGCUUGGCUCUCCUGCUCCUCUCCCUCCUGAGUGUUUCUCCGUGCUGAGGAUUGGGGACUGGCACCGUCCCACCCUGGGGAAAGGGUCUCAUCGAGGCUGGGGCUGUCCUGGGGGGCGGGAUUGGGGAAGUCUUCCUUUGCCUCACUGCUCGCCAGACCGGCAGCGGGGGGGAGAGAGGG